GGCCAACUCAAAAGUAAGACAAAAACAUGUAGCUUGUAAUUAGAGUAAAAUCAUACACUUAAUUAGAACUAAUUUUAAUGUCGUUCUUCCUUUGAGUGCGUCGGUGUGCUUUGGAAAAGAGACCACGAUGUCUCAAGUGACUCUUUUGGACGAGGUCUCUCAGUGGAACAAGGAAACUUGUCAACAAGAACUCAAAUCUGUCCUGCCCAAACUAGUUGCUAUGCAUCAUGACACUGACAGCUGGGAAGAGCACACAAACAUCCUACAAAUAAUCACAAGCAUGUUCCUCCCUCAUCUAUCUUUAUCUGAAUUAGAGAUGGAAUGUUUCUCCACUGUCUUACCCAAGGUAGUAAAAAUAUUUACAAGUCUUUUGGAAGAAAUCGACAAGCAAAUUGGAGGCCUCUCUAGUCAGAACACAGAGCUGCAUGCAUUCUUACGAAAUAUUCUGAAGAUGAUGGUCCAGACCCUUGAGUCUCUCUCUGGCUGUGUACGUCAUGUCUGCUCCUUCGAAGAGUCUGUCUCCUUGGACACCAUCCGCACUUUGCCCUCUUGCAUCAUCCGAAUUUUAAAGGAUACCUUUCAGCACUGCAAGAACAGUGAGCUCAUGUACAGUGGAAGGCUGUCAUUGGUGGGCGAUCUCCUUCAGGGCAUGUUUAAAGAGGCCUACUCUUUGCAUAAGGGACUGAUGGAACUGUUUGACAAAAUCAACAUUGAGGACACAGCAUCUGAGGAGGAGGUAUCAGAAGUUGUCACAGUGAUUCACAGUCUGCUGGAUAUAUGCACAAUCAUAUCCAGUUUGGACAUAGCGCUACAUGCCAACACAUGGAAAUUCAUCAUCAAACAGAGCGUGAAGUACCAAUCGCUCAUAGAAGAUCGGCUUAACCACACUGACAUAGCUUCCUCAUUGUGUGAAGACUUGUGUACCUCCAUCCAGAACAGUCUUGAGCUGGCCGAACAGAUCCAACAGGCAGGCCUGCAGGAAGUUGUGCGCACUCCAGAGUAUAAGCUUUUCCAAAAAGCAACAAAGAUGUGUAGGUUUUUUGCCAACACAUUAGUCCACUACACAAAGGAAUUUAAACCUUUCCUUGCUAAGUCUUGCCAUCGUUUUCACCAAUUGUAUCUCCAAAUCCACAGUAAGUUCCCCCCCUCUGUGUAUGCCCCAUCUGUACCCCCUGCCCUCUGUGAGGAGUUAAGAGUGGCAGUUCUGGUUCCCAUGGAUGCCAUGCUGUCACAUCUCUUGUCCUUCCAGCCUUUUGCUGAGUCUGUCCUGAACCCGGACCACCAGUGCAGCACAGAGCUUUGUCUACCACAGUGUCUGCUACUGGUGAAUGUACUGGGUAAACUCUCUGUCCAGCCAGAGGAGGCACUGCGGUUAUGGAGUGACGGCAGUCAGUUCUCAGAGGAAACUCCCAGAUUGUCUGUGUUUGAGGCAGUGUUACAAAGUUUCCAGUGGUGUAUGUUGGAGCGUGUGGUGCCGGUGUGGUUGCCGGGGGUAAUGUUUCGGGGGCAGGCUCAGGGUUCAGUCAGCUUGCACCAGCAUGUGUGUGUGCAUAUUUGUGCCUGUGUGGCUGUGCUGCCUGCUCAACACUUCCCUCCACUGGAGCGGUCACUGUUAGCUGCCGUACUGCAGGCAGACACACAGACGGCUGUCUUGGCAACAGAUGUCUGGUGCUUUCUGGCACGGUAUGGCACGGCUGAGUUGUGUUUUCAUCACGUUCUCCUUAUUGCUCACCUGAUAAGGUCAUGUUCUGGUGAGGGUUACCAGUUGGUCCACCUGGCCUUGCUGCUUCGACGCUUGCUUUUUCUCAUGACUCCAAAACACCAGGUGGAUUUUGUGGAGCAUUUCCCUCCUUCUCAGGAAGAGAACCUGGGUGUAUGGCAUCACAUUCUGCUGAGGUGUCUGUGUGCAGAGGCACGUAUGCGGGUGGAGGAAGAGGUGCUGUCCAGGGCCUCUGUUGUACUGCAGGAAUGGCAGAACAGUGGCUGCCGAAUGGGAGGCUUACCAAGACUGAACAGCGUACUUGGCUGUGUGUUGGUGGUGGUGGGAGGGAACAACCUGCAGCCUGAAUGUGUGGGGUCUUCUGUGAAGAUUAUCUCUCAGUUGUGGAGUCGCAUGUGUAGCAACCAGGUUCAAAUUUAUCCUCCUCUCCAGUGCACUGUGAAGUUACUCCUGUCAAUAUCAGCCAUUUUGAUCAAAAGUAUAGAGCCACAUGUUAUCAUUCAGGCUCUUUCCUGUUUUAGUGGUUUGACUCUCCAGAAAUGCCCUGAUGACCUACUCUUAGCUGCUUUGGAGUUUCUUGCCUCCAUGGGAAAAAUAUUUUUUCCUCCCAGUAUUCAGUGCCAAGUUUUACCCAGAAUCAGUACUUUGUAUAACGAUCUACUGACUCACCCAUCCUGGCUGAUAAUCCAACAUGUCCUGGAGUCAUUUGGUCUUUUUGCAGAGAUAACCAACCACGAGGAAGUGAUUUCCCAAACCUUGACAUCAGAGGAGGUCAAAACCAAAGUGGUAAACUUCCUCAGUAAGACUGUCUCACAGAAUGAAUCUGGGGAAGCUAGAUUAAAGCGCCUGAAGGAGGGGAGGGAUAUUAUUGAGAAACACUGUGAACGACUGGAGAAAGAGAGUGGCUCACCUGUACACACAGCUGUUGCUGAGGAGCCAUGUCCAAAAAGGGCAAGACAGGAGACUAAAGUGGAAGAGGCGUAUGAACAGUACCUUCAGACAGCUGAAAGUGCCUUGAAAGCCUUGCAGACAAUAGAAAGGCCUGACCACAGCCUGUUUCCUCCUCAUUGGGUCAUGGCCAGACUUCAAGCCCUGCAGACUUUGAUAACUCAAAUCAACACCACUACCGCAGAGUAGCCCUGAUUCAACCAAAACACCAGCUCUGCCUCCUGGUUACUUUUAAAAUAACAUUGCCUUUUUUUAAUUUAACUAAAUUUAUUAAGACAUUUUGGAAAUAAUUUUGUAAAAUUGUGUUUGUUUAUAUGGAAAAGGGUCACUUCUAAUGAUUUAUUAAACUUUAAUUAUUAAAGUGAA